CGGCUCCGCUGUAGCUCGGCAGUAGUUGGGUAGUUCAGUAGUAUCGCUGCUGCUUUCCGCUGUGAUCGUGUCCGUCCCUCCGCCGCGCAGAUCCGCACCGCCGCUGCCCAGCCCCGCCGCCUCGGCUCGGUCGGGCUAACGUGGGGAAGAUGGCGACUGACAAGCCCAAGCAUGAAGGCAGGGUGAAAAUCGGUCAUUACAUUCUCGGAGACACGCUGGGAGUGGGAACAUUCGGGAAAGUUAAAGUGGGCCAGCAUGAGCUGACCAAGCACCAAGUAGCUGUAAAGAUCCUGAACAGGCAGAAGAUCCGCAGUCUGGAUGUGGUGGGCAAGAUCCGACGUGAGAUCCAAAACCUCAAGCUCUUCCGGCACCCACACAUAAUUAAACUGUAUCAGGUGAUCAGCACUCCCACAGACAUAUUCAUGGUUAUGGAAUAUGUGUCUGGAGGAGAACUCUUUGACUACAUAUGCAAAAAUGGGAAGCUGGAUGAGAAGGAGAGCAGACGGCUUUUCCAGCAGAUCAUCUCUGCAGUGGACUACUGCCACAGACACAUGGUGGUACACCGAGACCUCAAGCCAGAGAACGUCCUGCUGGAUGCUCAUAUGAACGCCAAGAUUGCAGAUUUUGGUUUGUCGAACAUGAUGUCAGAUGGUGAGUUUCUGCGGACAAGUUGCGGCUCCCCUAAUUACGCAGCUCCAGAAGUUAUCUCUGGAAGGUUGUAUGCGGGUCCUGAAGUGGAUAUCUGGAGCAGUGGUGUAAUCCUCUACGCUCUGCUGUGUGGGACAUUGCCCUUUGAUGAUGACCAUGUGCCAACACUCUUCAAAAAGAUCUGUGACGGCAUCUUUUUCACGCCGCAGUACUUGAACCCUUCAGUUAUCAGCCUUCUCAAACACAUGCUGCAAGUGGACCCCAUGAAGAGAGCCACCAUUAAAGAAAUCAAGGAGGAUGAUUGGUUUAAGGAGGACCUACCUAAGUAUCUGUUUCCAGAGGAUGCUUCUUACAGUAACACCAUGAUUGAUGAAGAAGCAUUAAAGGAGGUGUGUGAGAAGUGUGAGUGCACUGAGGAGGAGGUACUCAACUGCCUUUACAAUCGUAAUCACCAGGACCCUUUAGCUGUAGCGUACCAUCUAAUCAUAGACAACCGUCGCAUCAUGAGCGAGGCCAAAGACUUCUACUUGGCCUCCAGUCCUCCUGACUCCUUUCUGGAUGACCUGCCUGCGCACCACCAUGCCAAGCCUCACCCGGAGAGAGUGCCCUUCCUGGUAGCCGAAACCCAGCCCCGGCCACGGCACACGCUGGACGAGCUCAACCCACAGAAGUCGAAGCACAUGGGUGUCCGUCGGGCCAAGUGGCACCUAGGCAUCCGCAGCCAGAGUAGACCCAACGACAUUAUGAGCGAGGUGUGUCGAGCCAUGAAGCAGUUGGACUAUGAGUGGAAGGUGGUUAACCCUUAUUAUUUGCGGGUGAGGAGGAAGAACCCGGUUACAGGUAUGCAGACCAAGAUGAGCCUGCAACUCUACCAGGUGGACAGCAGGACCUAUCUUCUGGAUUUCAGGAGUAUAGAUGAUGAUGUUGUGGAGACAAAGUCUGGAACUGCCACUCCUCGCCGGUCGGGCUCUGUGGGAAACUAUCGGACUGCGCUAAAGAACGACAAGAACGAGAAAAACGAAUGUGAGAAUGGAGGGAAGGGGGAAGGCUCUGCUCCCUCCACACCCCCAGUGGCUGGAGGCAAGCACACUGAGAGCUCUCUGACCUCCUCGCUCACCUCUUCAGUGGACUCGACAGGGGGAGAAUCGUACCCCCGGCCUGGCAGCCACACCAUCGAGUUCUUUGAGAUGUGCGCCAACCUCAUCAAGCUGCUGGCACGAUAACUUGCAGCUUCUCUGACGCCUUGUCUCUUGCUCUCCUCUUUGUUUUUCUGCCAUCUCUAUUUCUCUCUCCUUGGCUUUUCUACCUCCGUGUCUAGUAAUUCUCUCUCUUUCUCUCUCUCUCUGUCUUUAGAGCAAUAAGCAUGCCAACAGACGACUCAAGCCUCCAUGCAUCCCACACGCACAAACUAGCUAACUGGUCUGUUGCUCUGCGAGGACCAGUUUGGGCCUGUUUGACUGGUAGUCAGGGAGGUGAGGGUGGAGAUAAGGUGCUUGAGAGAGGGUGGACAGAGUUGUCUUUCAUGUCAAGAUGUCUGAAAGACUACUAAGCCACUUUAUAGUAACAAUAGAAUAUUCUUUUAGAGAUGUUUUUACAGUUCUUCACUGUGGGGUUAUGUUUGUCAGCCCGCGGUUUCUUACAGAGAGAGUAAGGCGUAUAGAGUUGUCUGUGCGUUAAAACGUCAAGAGUUCUACACUGAGCUAGCUGUACUGUAUACAACGGCACCACAAAAAGAAAACCGACGAGGCAGAAAGCAGUUUUGCACGGGUGUUCUUCUUUUCUGCUGGCAAACGUUAUAAUAAGCAAGCAGUUCUAAACAGGGGCCAUCUAAAUGAGCGCAACAAAGGAGGUGGAUUAAUGAGAGGGCCAAUCUUAAGUCGUUUAUUCUGAGGAAGUGCAAUGACCCUGCCUUUAGCUGUUUUGUAGAUUUGGGGGGGGGAAGUACUUCUUUUUAUAUGUUUGUGUCACUUUUUUUUUUUUUUUUUUUUUUAAAGGCCCAGUUUCCUUUCACGUUAGCCUAUUUUUCUGUUGCUCACGUUUUACAUAUAUAAAUAUAAGUAUAUACAGAAUACGAAAUGCAUUUGGAUAUAUAUUUAUCAGUGCUUUAAAUGGGAUGGUAGUUUAUAUUGAUAUAAUUAUACUGGACUGAAAGAUUUUUUUUAAGAAGUGGUGUUGAUUAUGUCACUGUAUAAUGUUUUAUUCCAUACACUGCUUUAUUCAUUUUUUUUUUUAACUUUUGAUUGCAGUUGUUUUACAAAACCAUAUCAGCUUGAAAAAUGGGUAUAUCAUCACUGUCACGUAAAAACCUUGUGAAAAAUAUUAAAUUGAAGAUUGCAUGAGUGGCUUAGCAGACUAAGGGCAUUUUCAAACCAGCAGCAAACCUUGUUUGUUUUCACCUUUGAUUUAAUUUGUUUGGGCUGACGUCAAUAUAGUAAACACAUUUGAGUUUAUUACCCUGGUAUAUUACCCAGAUAGUUAAUACGAACAAAUGAACAAAUGUCGUCUCUUCUGCUGCUUCAUGGUAAAUUGCACUGAAUAUGCGCUGUUUUGUAACACAGGACCUUCUUUCUGUAUUUACUCUCUUGUUGUGCCCCAGACAGGCUUGGCCAAUAAGCAGAGAUAAUGUCCUUACAUAUUUUUUGUGGCACAUUUUGGCAAAUUUACAGAACAAAUCAACUAUAAUGCUAUUUUUAUGUUGCAUAGGUGGGUUAAUUGCCUCCUUAAUUGGUCUCCUUAUCUUAAAGUCAAAAAGGAUUUUUCUUCUCCUGUAAUGCUCCUAUUAUGUAGAGACAAGGUUUUUGUGUGGCAGUGAAGAUAAGAAAAAGUGACUGAAUUCAACUUUUGUAGAAAAAAAUGCCCUGAGGACUAAAACAUAAACUAUGUCUUAAACAGAAAAUCGGAAGAAGUGUGUUCUUGAAUCUUGACUAGAUUUCAGUUUUAUGACUUGACUGUUGUUAAAUACUUUGUUCAACCUAUCCAGACUCCUGUGACCUUUAUGACAUUUUUACAGAAAAUGAGAGAAAGUACAGAUUCAGGUGUCCGUUUCCACCCCAAAACAAUUCAGCAAGAAUGUUGCUUCAUUUUUUAGUACCUAGAAAAUACAGUGUCUACUGUAUUGUAACAUUGCCAACUCAUCCAGCUCUUCAGUUAUUCUGAUUAAAUCAUCAAACAUGGCUAAGUUUGGUCUUUUAAAUGUCCUGUCGCUGUAGAUGUGAGUGUGGGUCAGGCCCAGGUGGUCACAGGUUGUUGGAACAAAAGCAGCAUCGCAAAAAUAUUCAGUGUGAUUUUUCCUAGUUGACUAAUUAAAUCCUAACUGCAAACAUACAGAGGAUAUGUUUUGUAAUUAUAUGUUUAUGGGAAUAUGCUGUGGGAAUACUUGUUCUCAGCUGAAAAGUGCAUUCCAUGUGAGCUUGAAUGCUGUUUUUUCUAAAGUGCCCUAAUCAGAAGUAAAUUUGGAAAAAGGAGGUGGGCUAUGUAAUUAAAAUCUAUUUUUUGCAUUA